AUGAUCGAGAACAGGGUCAAGAAAGUGUUUGGGGAUCAGGAUGACACGGAUCACUUGUUCUGGAUUGACACCUUUGCGAUUCCCCAGAACAGGGACAAUAACCCGAGGCGAGCUAGGCUUAAGAGGCGAGCGAUUGGUCUGAUCCACCAUAUUUUCCACGAGGCCAAACACUGCAUCAUCAUCGACCGCCACAUAUUGGAGAGAUCGAAAAGCUUCUAUGACUGUCGUACAAUUGGAGCUAUGCUUCUGGCUUGUGGGUGGAUGAUGCGACUGUGGACACUGCAAGAAGCUUUCGUGAGUGCCAAGCUACACCUGGCGAUGCGAGACCGCAACGACGACAACUUUCGGAACUCGGUUCCUCCUGGCAUGAUCUUCCUGCCUGGCAAGAGACUUCCGUUCCCCGGUUUUGGUUGGGCUCCUCUCACGUCGAUGUCUGGCCAAGAUGAAGCCUACCCGUAUCCAUUGGAUAACCCAGAGCAUCCGACUACAUUGAACCAAGACAGGGGGCUUGUUGUCAGAUAUCCUGGAUUUCUUCUACACCUCACGAGAGAGAAGCUCAAGGAGAUCAUCACAGUCCGCAAGUCCUUCGACUUUUCGGUGAACAGAAGGCUCGACGAGUGGUACAGAGUAAGGGCUGCCAACCGAAAGAUCCAGCCAGAUGACGACUCCCUCGGUGCCGAGGGCAAGACAGGGGAUGAUGCGCGGCUAGUUGCUCAAUAUCUGCGGACCAGGAUGGAGGAAAACAAGGCUGUCAAGAUUGCCAUCAUUCUUUCAAGGCCUCGACCAGUGGAAGUCACUGGAGAGAUCGGACUUCUCGUCGAGGUCUGUCAAGACGAUGCCUGGAGUUCUGGAAGCCAAACUCCUCCCCGUGAGCAACAGCUCCUUUACUGCAAGAUUAUUCACCGGGUUGAGGUGUCACGCCACUUGGUAAGCAGGGCAGAGAGCUGUCCAUGCGAAGAAGGAGAACCCACCACCCCUGAAUAUGGCCCGAUAAUCAACAGGUUUUACAAGUUCAAACAAGAGGGCAUAGCAGGGGUACAACUCCCUAACCUCCAAGAGUGGUGCGUUGAUGGAUACCCACAUCUGCAGAUGCCGGAAAGCAGUAUGCCGAGCCCCAGACCAGAGGACACCGCUCCAUCUCCCGAACAAGCUACUGGCAUGCUUGGAAGACUCAGACGGUCUCUUACAUCUGGCGUAACGCGGCUCGGUGGAUAA